AAGAGAAGAGAAGAGAAGAGAAGAAGAGAAGAGUAAAGUAGAGUAGAGUAGAGUAGAAAAGAACGGAUAAGAGAAGAGAGGCGCGAAGGGGAAAACUCGUUUUGCUCUCCGCAAACGCCCAUGAACGACGACGUUCUGGAGCGACCAAUGUCGUAUCGCCGCCGCUGUCGUACCGUGCGAUAACUUCCGUCACCUCUCCGAUCCCCCCGUCUUUUCUCCCUCUUCACGUUACAUCCACGCGAGUUUCUUUCCCAGCCACAUAAUACCUCGUUGCUUCUACAACAUACGUGCGUGUCGUCGCCUUCGUCGUCAUCAUCGUUGUCGGUCUUGGCUUUUCCUGUCGACGUUCGCCACCGAUGCGAGAGGUGCUGCUGUUGCUGCAACUGCUACCACCAUCUCGUUAAUAGAGAAACGAGCGCGCGCCGUUCAGAGGAACGUAGUAGGUGGAGGACCGAUCGAGAUCGUCCCGUGCACCGGGUCACCGCUGCUGACUGACCGGACCCAACAGGAGCGCGUGUGCCGAGCAAAAAGAUAGAUAGAGAGAGAGAGAGACAGACAGACAGACAGACAGACAGAUAGUUGUGUGUGUGUCGGAGGAAGAUAGAGAGAGGGAGAGAAAGAGAGAGAGAGAGAGAGAAAGCUACAGAGAACGAGGAAGAGAACGAGGAAAAGGGUGAGAGUGUGAGCAGUGGAGAGGAGAGGAGAGAGAAAGAGAGCGAGGGGCCGGCGCCCAUCCUGAUCCAGCCAGCAUGACCUCAAACAAUUCGCAGAAGCUCUCGACGACGGAACGAGUAAUCAAAAAUGUACUCUUUCCACCGUCGCAGAAGCUAACAGUGGCAGAGGUCUUCGAUUCGGCAACGGAUCGACCAAGACCAGAAGUCCUCAAACAACAUUUUACUCUCGAAGGUAGAAUCGAUGAAGCAGCAGCUCUUCGUAUAGUCAAUGAUGGUGCAGCCAUUUUACGCUCAGAAAAGACCAUGAUCGAUAUUGAAGCACCGGUAACUGUAUGCGGAGAUAUUCACGGACAGUUUUACGAUCUGAUGAAAUUAUUUGAGGUGGGUGGACCACCCACCACAACGAAGUACCUCUUCCUUGGAGACUACGUCGACAGGGGUUAUUUUAGUAUCGAGUGCGUAUUGUACCUUUGGGCACUGAAACUGUGCCAUCCCACGACACUAUUCCUUCUCAGAGGUAACCAUGAGUGUCGUCAUCUCACGGAAUACUUCACAUUUAAACAAGAAUGUAAAAUAAAGUAUUCAGAAAGGGUGUACGAUGCGUGUAUGGAUGCUUUUGAUUGUUUACCAUUAGCAGCGCUUAUGAACCAGCAGUUCCUGUGUGUACAUGGCGGAUUAUCACCGGAAAUUCACAAUUUGGACGACAUACGUAAAUUGGACAGGUUCAAAGAACCACCAGCGUUCGGUCCAAUGUGCGAUCUGUUAUGGUCAGAUCCAUUAGAAGACUUUGGCAACGAGAAGAAUGCGGAGCACUUCUCUCACAAUAGCGUCAGAGGUUGUUCAUACUUUUACAGUUACGCGGCAUGCUGCGAUUUUCUGCAGACCAAUAAUUUGCUGAGCAUCAUAAGAGCGCAUGAAGCACAGGACGCGGGUUAUCGUAUGUACCGAAAAUCUCAAACGACGGGCUUCCCAUCGCUGAUCACCAUCUUUAGUGCGCCUAAUUACCUCGACGUUUACAACAAUAAGGCAGCAGUAUUGAAAUACGAGAAUAAUGUAAUGAAUAUCAGGCAAUUCAACUGUUCGCCUCAUCCAUAUUGGUUACCCAACUUUAUGGAUGUUUUUACAUGGUCUUUACCAUUUGUUGGUGAAAAAGUCACAGAGAUGCUGGUGAAUGUGCUGAACAUUUGCUCGGACGAUGAAUUGAUGAGCGACGGGGAUGAUGGCCUCGAAGAAGUCGCAGCCAAAGUCGUUAUCCAAAAAAAAAAUGGUGCAGCAGCAAAUCUACGCAAGGAAGUAAUAAGAAACAAGAUCAGAGCUAUCGGCAAGAUGGCGCGUGUCUUCUCCGUCCUAAGGGAGGAGAGCGAAAGCGUGCUACAAUUAAAGGGUCUCACACCCACUGGAGCCCUACCACUUGGUGCGUUGUCUGGUGGAAAGACAUCCUUAAAAAAUGCUCUCCAAGGAUUUUCACCGAAUCACAAAAUCACCUCAUUCGCCGAAGCAAAGGGGUUAGAUGCUAUAAACGAAAGAAUGCCACCGAGGAAGGACGCCCCGCCGACUCCCGUGAACGAGGAAAAACCGGUGAUAAAACCGUCGACUCCUGUAGGAGACAAGCGAGACCAAAGCACACCGCAACCACAAUCGUGAGCCACACACACGUCCAAUCAAGACGGCGAAGAUGGGCCGUAAGUCCCAAAUGCUGUCAUCGCCGCCUCCGAAUAAGAUACAAACAAGCAUUGUUCGUCUCUCCCACACGACUGUUAUCACUGGUGCGCCUUUCAUCGAGUACGGAAGUCGUCAAAGACGCGAAGAGGAAAAGGAGAAAAAAAAUAAGGGAAUGGAGGAUUAGGAGAAAGAGAAGGAGGAGGAGGAGGAGAUCGAACGAGUUCGAAAAAAUGAAAGUGGAAAAUAGGAAUCGAAUUGUUAUCAUUAUCGUUGUAUUAUUGCCAUCGUCGUCGUAUGAUGAAGAAAGAAAAUGUAAAAGAAAAAAUACAGAAGAAACAUAUGAAUAAGAUGAAAGUUGUA